AUGUGGACGCCUGUGGCAAAGUUGGCAGUGAUUAUGGCUGGCGUGGUGGUCCUUGUGGACCCAUUCCAGGCCGCUGAACGCUUGCAACCCAUCACUUCACAGGUCGAUACGCGGUUGAUUUUGGCGUCGGAAAGAACCAAGGAGAUCACUAAAGAAAUCACUUCUUCCGGGGUUUAUGUCGUGAAUGAUACUACGGGGACUCCCAAAGGGGUCGUCAUUACCCAUGCCAACGCAUGUAGCGCUGUGGUCCACCAGAAGCAACACUGGGACUAUGAUAAUACCAAUCGGGUGUUUGAUCUGUCCUCUCAUGGCUUUGAUUUCGUGUGGGUGCCAUUUCUCCCCAAACUGUAUGCGGGUUCGUGCAUCUGCAUUCCUUCUGAAGAUGGCCGCCGGAACAACAUUGCGGGCGCAAUUCGUGAAUUGAACGUCAAUUAUCUCAAUAUCACGCCUUCUUUAGCUCGAUCUAUGGACCCCAAAUUCCUACUAGGUAUAACGAAUGUAGCUAUGGGAGGCGAGGCCGUUCGAUUAGAGGACAUCACUCGAUGGGGGGGGAAGUCAAAAUCAUCAACGCCUACGGUCCAUCUGAAUGCACGAUAG